AUGGCGACGACGCCCCCGGCCACUCCCCCGGCCACCCGGCCGCAAGCACCUCCGCGGUUGCCCACGCCUGGGAGCACUGCGGCGCGCGCCGCCGAGGAGAAUGCCAAGGCCACAGCAGCUUUCCCGCCCCUUAUGGAUGACCUCUUCACGCGACUGGUACUGGCCCUGCAGCUGGGCAGUUCCGAGGUGAAUGCAGCCUGGCACCUGUGGGAACGUCUGGAACCGCACGCUUCCGGCCUCCGCUUCGGCGCUUCGGACAAUGCACCUCGUCUUAGCCGUGCUCUAGCCAUCUACCUGGCCUGCUGCCCGGCCCUACGCCCAGCCAGUGGAGAAGAGCAACAUACCGAGCUUUUUUUCCUGUCCUCCCUGCUCGGUGCCUGCGAAGCCCAAGCAGCCGAGCUUUUUCUGGCCCUAGACAUGGUGAUGGAGCAUGUGACGUCCACCAAGCCAGCGACGACCGAGCCUGCUUGGCCCUGGGAAGUUCGCGAUGUCCGCCAUCAUGCCCAAACAAAGCUGGCCGAGCUUGCCCUCCUCGAGCCUACGGCCCGCUUCUUUCGAGGCCUGUUGACGGCAGCCAGCCUCGUCUUGGACAUGGCCAUUCCUGCCGAGCUUGCCCGUUUGCUUUGGCUCCUCAUUGUGAUUCUACGCUGCCAACCAACCAUACCCCGGGCUAGCCUGCGCCAGUCUUAUACACUGAUCACGACGGUCGUACACCAUUUUGUGCGGGAUGCCCAGGGCCACACUGCCGACCUGGCUGCAUUGUUGGAUCGAUCCCACCUCAAGUCUGAGCCCUUGCGCGCCAUCUUGUACCGUGACACCCCCGUGCUCAAGCACCAGGUCGUUUUGCCACUGCUUGACCGACUGGCUCUCACGGUGACAGCCCAAGCCUGCGCCCACAUCCACGACCUCGUUCUUGGCUCAAGCUUGGCUGAAGCCGUCGCCAUCUGCGACAUGCAUUACGAUGCCCACCUUCAGCGCACAUGUGACGUGGACGAGCGACCGCCCGCCCUGGGACCCACUCCCGCCACAACUGUGCCCCGGUCCUCACCGCGCAAGCGCGUCCGUCAGCCACGUUUGACUCACUUUACUCUGCACGAUUUUUUAACCCUUGAGACGCUGCCCAUCAUUGCUGAGCACCACGCUCCCGAGUCCCCAGAACUUCUCCGCCUGAUCCAUCAGGUUGCGCAUUAUCUGGAGAGCGCAGACCUGAAAGCAGACACGAUGCAGCUGCGCCGCAUGCUCCACUAUUGUCGCUCCGCCUUCAAGCCGGCGCUUCCUGCUGAAUUGGAUCGCACCCUCGUUCUGGUGGCCGUGGUGGCCAUGAUAGGCCCUACGAGUGAACCAGCACAUGCUCGUGCGCUCAUGGCCCGACUGGCCGUCACCCCCUGGCAAUACUUGGCCGCGCUUGACUUUUUGAUGAAGGGGGCCGUUGAUUUUGGUCCACAGCAACGGCAUUUCCUGGGACGGCUCGAGAGCUAUUGCUGCGGCGUUCUUCUGUGGAACGACGCCUUUUGGCGACCUUCAACUCCACGCCCUCAACUGAAACGCGUGCCUCGCACCUGGCUGGCCAGCUUGGACACAGCUACGACUGUGAGCGACGCCUGGGAGUCUUUUCUUGCAAGCAUGCGGCAGGGCGUGGAGGCCGAAGACCACGCCGAGUUUGUUGAGCGAAAGACGCUGAGUCACGCUGAACGCGUCCUGUCUGAAUUGGUGGUUCUUCUGGGCGGGCCCAUGCCGCACUGGGAGAUUGGCGCCGAUGGUGCAGAUUUGGCCCGUUUCUUCAAUCAAGUCUUUUGUGUCCUUCCCAUCGUCAAUGAGCCCCACCGUGUCAAGCAGCUGGCACAGCUGGUGCCCAAAGCUCGACGAUAUGUCCUUCGCCAAAUUGUCGUGCGCCAUGUGCCUCGGAUUCAUCCCUCCACUCCCAUACAAUCACUGACUCUCUCUCUCUCCCUCUCUCUCUCUCUUUUGCUCUUCUGCGCUCUCUCUCUUCUGCGCUCUCUCUCUUCUGCGCUCUCGCGCUCUCUCUCUUCUGCGCUCUCUCUCUCCUUUGCGCUCUCUCUCUCCUCUCUCUCUCUCUCUCUCUCUCUCUCUCUCUCUCUCUCUCUCUCUCUCUCUCUCUCUCUCUCCUCUCUCUCUUCACACACACACACACUCUCUGCUCUCUCUCUCUCUGUUUCCUGCGACCGACCCGAGAGGACGCAUCACGGACACGGGCGGCGAGCGUCCUGCUCUGGUGUUGGAUUGUCCUGCUUUUGGGGUUCUGCCCUUUUCUUCUUCUCGCCCCG